CGCGGCGCGGCGCCUCGGGGCGUCUGGGGCCGCUGGGGCGUCGGGCGGCGGCGGCUCCUCCCCCGCCCCCCGGACGCGGGCGCGUUACUCAUUAACUGCGCGGUCCCGAGCGCCCGCGGCUGUGAGCCGGAAUCCCGGUUACCUGUCGGCGGGGCGCGCGCGCGGCCGGGAGCUGGGGACCUGCGGUCGCGGAGGGGGUGGGGGUCUAAGAGAGUUCCCCGAACAAGUGUGCAGCCCCGCGCUGCGCGGGACCUGGAGCAGGAUGAAGCCGUAGGCUUGGACCUGGGGUCGUAGAAAAGGACAAGCGAGGCUCGGUGCCGAGGCGUAGAGGUCACGCUCGGCGGGUUUCGGCGAAACCUGGGGGACCGGAGCGAGCGCCCGGAGUCGCGCGCCUUAGGGUGGCAGAGCAUUUCAGCCUGACUUUUGUUUCGGGGAGUUGAGAAGAGCUGCACCGACGUAAUUGUAAUUACACUGCCCUUUCAGCGUUGACAACUCUCUGACCGCCCUGGGACCAGCCGGCUCUAAUGGACUCUAGAAGUGAUGAUGUUAGGUGGAAUCUGCAGCACGUGAAGAGUUGCCAGUUGUUAUGGGAUUAAGAAAACAAAUCUGUAAUGGCUAAAGGGUUAUCUUAUGAUGAGGCUUUUGCUAUGGCUAAUGACCCCUUGGAAGGCUUCCAUGAAGUAAACCUUGCUUCACCUACUUCUCCAGACCUUCUUGGUGUGUAUGAAUCAGGAACUCAAGAGCAGACUACCUCACCAAGUGUCAUCUACCGGCCACAUCCUUCAGCUCUGUGCUCUGCCCCCAUUCAGGCUAAUGCCUUAGAUGUUUCCGACCUUCCUACACAACCUGUGUAUUCAUCCCCCAGACGUUUAAAUUGUGCAGAAAUAUCUAGUAUCAGCAUCCAUGUUACAGAUCCAGCGCCUUGUUCUACCUCUGCAGUCACAGCUGGGUUAACUAAAUUAACUGCGAGAAAGGACAACUGUAAUGCAGAGAGGGAGUUUUUACAGGGUGCUACUAUACCAGAGGCUUGUGAUGGCAGUGACGAUAUAUUUGGGUUGAGUACUGAUAGUCUGUCCCGUUUACGAAGCCCAUCUGUUUUGGAAGUCAGAGAAAAGGGCUAUGAAAGAUUAAAAGAAGAACUUGCAAAAGCUCAGAGGGAACUGAAGUUAAAAGAUGAAGAGUGUGAGAGGCUUUCUAAAGUACGAGAUCAACUCGGACAGGAACUGGAGGAGCUCACAGCCAGUCUGUUUGAGGAAGCUCAUAAGAUGGUGAGAGAAGCAAAUGUUAAGCAGGCAACAGCAGAAAAGCAGCUAAAGGAAGCACAAGGAAAAAUUGAUGUACUUCAGGCUGAAGUAGCCGCAUUGAAGACACUCGUGUUGUCCAGUUCUCCAACAUCACCCACACAAGAGCCUCUGCCAGGUGGAAAGACAGCUUUUAAAAGGGGGCAUACAAGAAAUAAAAGUACAAGCAGCGCUAUGAGCGGCAGUCAUCAGGACCUCAGUGUGAUACAGCCAAUUGUAAAAGACUGCAAAGAGGCUGACUUAUCUCUGUAUAAUGAAUUCAGAUCUUGGAAGGAUGAUCCCACAAUGGAUAGAUCGUGUCCUUUCUUAGACAAAAUUUAUCAGGAAGAUAUCUUUCCAUGUUUAACAUUCUCAAAAAGUGAGUUGGCUUCAGCCGUUCUGGAGGCUGUGGAAAACAAUACUCUAAGCAUUGAACCAGUGGGAUUACAACCUAUUCGAUUUGUGAAAGCUUCUGCAGUCGAAUGUGGAGGACCAAAAAAAUGUGCUCUAACUGGCCAGAGUAAGUCCUGUAAACACAGAAUUAAAUUAGGGGACUCAAGCAACUAUUACUAUAUUUCUCCCUUUUGCAGAUACAGGAUCACCUCUGUAUGUAACUUUUUUACAUACAUUCGAUAUAUUCAGCAGGGGCUCGUGAAACAGCAGGAUGUUGAUCAGAUGUUUUGGGAAGUUAUGCAGUUGAGAAAAGAGAUGUCAUUGGCAAAGCUGGGAUAUUUCAAAGAGGAACUCUGAUGCUCUCUGCCUGGGACCAUGCAUGAACCUCCCUGAAUACCUGGAAAAUGGCUGAAUAUUUUUAUGGUUACUUGAUAUUUAUUACCAAGGAGUGGGCCCAAGACUUUUUCCCUCUUUUGCAGAUUACACUAAGAAGUACUGUGAUUUCUUUUAAAUUGACCUAUGCUGUGUUUGCUUACUCUUUAGUUGAACACACUAUAGAGAAUUACAGGUGUACUAGUGAUUGUAAUUUAUAGUUGCCCAAAAAACAAAAAUAAAAGCUAAAUAAAUAAGUACAUAAAUGUUAGAUUGAAUAUGUUUUUGCUUUCUCUUCUAGCUCUGACAUGGUAUGUAGGGUAAGCUGAAUGUAUUGAAUUGUAGCUUUCAAACUGCACAGCAGCCUGUGACAAGAAGAAGGCUGAGUGGACAGGAUCAUCUCUAUACCCCCACAAGAAUGACUCUAUUUUUGUCUGUUUUGUAUAUUGAGCCUCAAAGAAGGAUUUUAUUUAAAGAAAGAAAGAAAAAAAAACCACUUCACUAUAUCCAUCUAGAGAAAGCUACUGUUAGUAUUUCUGAAGAAUAGCUUUUUGGCUUUCAGAUGUUUUCUCCCUGCAUAUGCAUAUUUCUGAAACAAAAAGACUUCCUUUUUUUUAAUGUUUUUUUUAAAUGUGUAUUUAUUUAUUUUGGGAGAGAGGGAGAGAAUCCCAAGCAGACUCCGUGCUGUCAGCACAGAGCCCGAUGUAGGGCUUUAACUCACAAACUGUGAAUUCCUGACCUGAGCGGAAAUCAGGAGUCACAUGCUUAACUGAAUGAGCCACCCAGGUGCCCCUAGACUUACCUUUUAAAAAAAAUUUUUUUUUAACAUUUAUUUAUUUUUUGAUAGAGACAGAGCGUGAUUGGGGGAGGGGCAGAGAGUGAGGGAGACAGAGAAUCUGAAGCAAGCUCCAGGCUUUGAACUGACAGCACAGAGCCGGACGCGGAGCUUGAACUCAUGGACCAUGAGAUCAUGACCUGAGUUGAAGUCAGACACUUAACUGAGGCACCCAGGUGCCCCCUCUAGACUUACUUUUUUUUUUUUUUUUUUUAAUGUUUAUUCACCUUUGAGAGACAGAGAGAGACAGAGCAUGAGCUGGGAAGGGGCAGAUAGAGAGGGAGACACAGAAUCCGAAGCAGGCUCCAGGCUCUGAGCUGUCAGCACAGAGCCCGAUGCAGGGCUUGAA